AUGUUGCUAGAAGUGUUAAAAAAGGCAUUACCAGAUAAUGAGUCGCUCCCUAGCUCUUACUAUGAGGCUAAGACAAUAAUUCAAGGGCUUGGAUGGAAUUAUGAGAAGGUCCAUGCCUGUGUCAAUGAUUGUGUGCUAUUCAGGAAGAAGUAUGAGAACGAAGAAGAGUGCCCAAAUUGUUCAGCGCCACGAUAUAAAUUCAAUGAUUUGGCUAAGGAUGCAACUAAUGGGAAGCAACGUAAAAAAAUCCCUCAAAAGAUUUUGCGUUAUUUUCCGUUGAAGUCUAGAUUGCAGAAAUUAUUCUUGUUUAAAGAGACUGCAAAGGAUAUGAGAUGGCACUUGGAACAACGUACAGAUGAUGGAGUAUUGAGACAUCCUGCUGAUGCUCAAGAGUGGAAGGACUUUGACAAGAAAUAUGAAUCAUUUGGGCAGGAACCUCGCAAUGUUAGACUUGGUUUAGCAAGUGAUGGUUUUAAUCCUUUCUCGAACAUGAACUUGUCCCAUAGCACGUGGCCUGUUAUACUUUUGCCAUACAACCUUCCUCCUUGGAAGUGCUUGAAAGCUCCAUUCUUCAUUCUUUCAAUGCUUAUUCCAGGACCUAAAUCUCCUGGAAAUGAUAUUGAUGUGUUUCAAGAACCAUUAAUUGAUGAAUUAAAGGAGUUAUGGGAUCAUGGCAUUGAAACGUAUGAUGCCUCGACCGAUUCUCUGUUCAACUUGCAUGCCGCGGUGUUAUGGACUAUAAAUGACUUCCCAGCAUAUGGAAACCUAUCAGGGUGGAGCACAAAAGGGUAUCUAGCAUGUCCAGUAUGUAAUAAAGAAACCUGCAGUACGUGGUUGCAAAAUGGGAAAAAGGUGUGCUAUAUGGGUCAUCGACGUUUUUUGCCUCGUGGUCAUAAGUGGCGCAGCAACAGAGCUGCUUUUGAUGGAAAAAGUGAACUAAGAGAUAAGCCAAUUCCGUUGACUGGAGAUGAUGUUGUUCAACAGUUAAGUAAUGUGAACCCAGUUAAAUUUGGAAAGGUGCAAUUACAUCAGAAGAAGAGGAAGCGUGACGUGGAUUUGAACUGGACAAAACAUAGCACAUUGUUAAACAUCAGUGGGAAGACGAAGGAUACUAUUAAUGCUAGACUUGAUUUGCAAGAAAUGGGUAUACGGCCUCAGCUACAUCCAAAGUUACGGGGAAAUUCUUAUUUGGUGCCUUCAGCAUGUUAUACGUUGACAAUUCUUGAAAAAAGACGAUUAUGUUCAUUUUUGGCAUCAGUGAAGUAUCCAGAUGCAUAUGCUUCGAACUUGUCAAAACGUGUUAACGCUACGUCAUGUCACAUUACAGGAUUGAAGACCCAUGAUUGUCAUAUUAUCUUACAACAGUUACUGCCGAUCUCAAUCCAUGGGUUGUUAGAUAAUAAUGUUCAUGAAGCGAUACAUGAAAUAAGUAAUUUUUUCAGACAGUUAAGUUCGAGAACAUUGAAAAGAAUGGACUUGGAUCUUCUUGAAAAUCAAAUUGCAUUUACAUUAUGCAAGUUGGAGAGAAUUUUUCCUCCACAAUUUUUUGAUAUCAUGAUGCAUCUACCAGUGCAUCUUGUUAGAGAAACAAUUUUGGGAGGACCCGUACAAUACCGAUGGAUGUAUCCCAUUGAGAGGUACUUGUAUCGAUUGAAACAAUAUGUUACUAACAAGGCACAUCCAGAAGGGUCAAUGGCAGAGGGCUAUAUUGCUGAAGAAUGUAUGACACAAUUCAAUAAAGCAGAACGUAACUACGAAAAGAGCAAAGAUUUAGCACAACACAACUUGCUUGUUUUCUCCGAGAACAUCGCAUCGGCCUCGACUGAAGAAAGUCAUCGAUUUCAUGAGAAUCUCAUGUACUUAUCAUAUGGCCCUGAUGAAAGAGUAACUCACUAUGAUGGAUGUAUAGUGAAUGGAUUGCGAUUUCAUACAAAACGUCAUGAUUUGAACAAGCGAACCCAAAAUUAUGGUGUGGUUGUGAAAGUUGGUGACGACGAUUCUGGAUUACAAGAAUACUAUGGUGUGCUGGUAGAUAUAGUUCAAGUGGACUAUUUGGGGAAUCAUUCUGUGACAUUAUUUUACUGUGAUUGGUUUGAAGGUAAAGCAGUACAGAAGGACAAAUAUAAUUACACAAGUGUGAACAUGUCAAAGCCAUGGAAGACUAAUGAACCAUAUGUGUUGGCAACUCAGGCAGAACAGGUGUAUUAUGUUAAUGACAUCAAAUUGGGCAAUGAUUGGAAAGUCGUUAUCCCAGCACAAGCUCGAAGUUUAUGGAAUGUGGUUGAGAAUAAGGAUAAUGAAUGUAUCACGUCUAAUGAGUCUUAUCAGCAGAAUGAAUCACAGUCUACAGUUGACUUAAUUCAGCAUCAUGAUGAUUCCAUCCAAUGGUAUGAUGCUAGCAACACUCAAGAAGAUAAUGUCCAUGAAAGUGAAGAUGAUUUUGAUACUGAUUAA